AAAAACACCAGCGUGGGAUUCUCCGAGCCACUUGGUGAGGAUUACCCAGAGGCCACGAGGAAACGACUGCCGUAGCCCAACCAGCCAUUUUCCCCAAGGGAGUUAUCACCGACGCGUCAAACAAAGUCAACGGGCAGAAGAAUGGGUUGUAAAUGCUGCAAGAAGAACAAGAACAGCGAAGAGCUCACCGAUGUCGAGAGGGCCAUUGAAAUCGUAAUCAACAACUUCCACUGUUAUGCUGUGAAAGGACGGAAAGAGUGCCUAACCCCCAAUGAGCUGAAAGACCUGGUCGGACAGAGGCUGCCACAUCUAGCAAAGGGCGCCGGACCUUUGGACGAGAAAAUCGAAUGCCUCGGAGGUGCAGACGAAGCCAAACUUCAGUUUGGCGAGUACUGGGACAUCAUGGGAGAUGCAGCCAAGGGCUGCCGAGGCCAAAAGAAGUAAGAAGAUCAGAACCGCAAGGCCUAGAACCGUUUACACAGCAAGAACGAGAGACUGUCUACCUUGAUGUUUAUGAGUUGUCAAUGCAGUGUUAAUAAUUUGGGGGGGGGCUCCCUUUCCACUUCUCAGGAUCUGGAGUUUCAAAGAGUUUCUUUCCUUCAAGUCAAGAGUCUUUCAAUUUUACGGCUCAGGUUUUUUUACCUGAGCGAAAGUUCCCUUCUUCUAGAUUUUUUUUCCUAGAACACCACAGCCACUAGCCUUCUAGAAUGUUCAUAUUCUAGAUUUCUGACUACUCAAUUCCAGAAUGUGCAAGUGAAGAGCCUUUUUCAUGACACCACCUCUGGAACCAGAAAGCAUCAUUUCUGCAGGUUCUCAGACCUUUAAUUUUCAGAUUUGGAAUCUAGGAUUUUUCAUCU